CGAGGACAUGCGAAUCAAGAGCCGCGCCGUCUAUUUCCUCAGAAACGUGCCCGACCAGAAGGAGGUCAAAAAAGACAUAGCUUGCGAUGGAGAGCUCCUCUUCGGCGAGAUGGCGGCGUCGCCCCUGGAGAGCCUGAACACCGGGCUCAUGGACGUCUUCCGCCCGCUCGUCACUCACCCGGGGAGCAUCGAUUGGGCUAGCUGCGACUCUGAGCAGGCGACGGAGUUCCGCUCCAGCCUGGACCGCUUCACGACCGAGCUCUCAGAAGGCAUCAAGUCCCUCUCUGGUGGCAUCGACCUGGGUAGUCCAGAGCCCAAGGACAUAGAGAUCUAUCGCUCCGUCAGCCACCCUGACAUUGCGAAGGACCACCCAGAGUUGGUCCAGAAGUUCGAAACUCUUCUGGAAACCUGGUGCCGGCAGAUCGAGCACUACCUGGAGGAGACCCUGGAGGGGCAGCAGAAGGAGUCUGGCGACCCGGGCCCCCGCACCGAGUUGGACUUUUGGAGGAACCGCCUCCAGAAGAUCACCUCCAUCACGGAGCAGCUCAAGACGAAGGAGCGGAAGCUGGUGCUCCACCUGCUGCAGGC